AUGCCUUUCUCCUGGUCCUCGAGCGGACGAUCUGUACUCAAGCUCAACAUACGUCACCUGUGGCUCUUCGGAGUGUGGCCCUUAGGUAAUUUCCGUCUUUUCGAACUGUACGUCAUCUUCGUUUUCGCACUGGGCAUCUGGAACUUCGUCGAAGGUUCGCUGGCUGUCUCCUUCAGCUGGCGAGACCUCGAAGCCACAACGCUGGUGCUGACCAACACCUUCACCAUGUGCAGCGGUAUGGUGAAGAUGGCCUUCUUCACGCGGGACCGACGGCGGUACAAUUCGAUGGCCCGCCGUGUCGACUCGCUGAUGUUGACUCAGAAGGAUCCCAGCUCCAGCGAUCCUGCGCUGGAGAACAUUGUCCACAGGUCCCGCAUGCGAGCGGGCCGCCUCACGCUGGGAAUGUUGCUGUUCAUGGCUUCGCAAGGCCUCGUGUGGUUCCCGAUGCCGUUAAUCGCCCACCCCGGUGAGCGGCGCCUUCCCUUCGUGCAGCACCCCUGGGACAACACUACCAGCUACUACGAACUCUCGUACGCCGUUCAGUGUUUGACAGGCAUGUGGAUGGCCGAAGUUAGCUUCGGCAUGGACUGCCUGUUCGCGACGAUCAUGAUACUGGUAGCCGCACAGCUAGAGGUGCUCGCGCUGAGGAUUGGGAAGCUGAGGAUGAGCGAGAGUGGAGCAGGUGAAGGUCGCCCAUGGCGGAGUGCAUCUUCCGUGGCUCACGACAAAAUGUACAGCGACCUUUGCCUUUGCAUCGAAAGUCAUCAGGAAAUUCUCAGGUUCGUCAGGCAUCUAAAUGGCACCAUGAACCCAAUAGCAAUGACGCAGUUUGUCUUCAGCGUCCUCGUCGCCUGUUUGGCGCUGUUCCAGGCAACAUACAGCGCUGACAUCACGGCAGUUAUUAGAUGCGUCUCUUUUCUUCCCAUUCCUGGAGGUCAGGUGUAUCUCUAUUGUUGGGCUGCUCACCAUGUAACAGAACAGGCGGAGGUGGUUUCGACGGCUGCAUACGGCUGUUCGUGGAUGGACGCAAGUGCACGCUUCAAGCACGCCCUGAAGAUCCUCGUCAGCCGCGCCCAGAAACCGCUCAUUCUCACAGCCGGAUACAUCUACCCGAUCAACAGGGAAGCGUUUCUUUCGCUGGUGAAUGCCUCCUACACAUAUUAUGCACUGCUGGGUCAAAUAAACAAGCGCUCUACAAACUGA